AUUUAUUUAUAUUUCCUGCUCCUUUUCGUAUUUCUUACUUUUAAUUUGAUUUUUUCGCUCAAAUUUUCCCAGAAAACGCAGGAAAAUGAAGGAAAAGGAAAUUUUCCGAUCCUUUAACCUACUUACUGUUUAAUUGACCGUUUCAGAGAAUUUGAUUCAAUUGAGGAGUUGCUGGUUGUUGUGGUGCUUGUGCGGAGAUCAGCUGCUUAGCAAAAUGAAUGGCAGAGGCCGAGUUAGAUGGGACGAGGAUAAUAUAGGAGAAAUUGAAGCAAAUAAACCUGUGAGACAGAAAAUUACUGAGCCGAAGACACCAUACCACCCCAUGAUGACGGAUGAUGAGGAUGGAUCUCUGUCUCCUAUACGAGGGGGUGGUACCUUCGACGAUUGUGUUGGUGAUGCAGAUCAUGCAGAAGCAAUACGAACUGCUUUGUGUGAUGUGGCAUCAUCAAGUAGAAAGAACGCGCUACAAUCUACUGGCUGGACAUCAUCUGAAGAUGAGGCAGAAGCUAUGGAACAAGAUGAUGAAGAUUCUGAGAAAAGCAAGAGUUUUAGGGAGCUCAGAAGAGCCCAUUAUGAUGAAUUCCAGAAAGUAAAAGAACUCAGGCGGAAAGGUUCUUUGCUCGACGAUGAAGAAGAGGACGAGGUCGUUAACAUGGAUAAGGAGAAGAAAUCUGGCUCCUCUUCGUUAACUGCCGGUGUCAAAGAAAUAGAUAUCGAUGAAGAUGGUACCGCAUCAACCAAAACCUUUUCCGGACCUCCGGCGACCGGAGCUUAGAAGAUCAAGCCAAAGCUAAGACUUCCUUUGAUCAUUUCACUGACAUUUGGAUUACAGUUUUUGGUUCCUUGUAUGCUCAUCUGAUUGCAAUUUGUAUCUUUCUAUUGUGUUUUUGGUAUGUAAAUAGUUCAACUUUAUUUCCUUAUCAAAACAAUGUCUGAGAACGAGAGAUAUUUUUGUUUAA